UUUAGUUUGUCUUUUGUGAAAGACACCGGUACGUUCUCCUGCUCUUUGUUAACUUUCAAUGUGAAGUGCAGAAGAUCUGUCGCUGAUUUAAUAAGUGGCUUGUAAGCUGUUCGGUCAGGUACAGUGUCGGUGAUGGUUAGCGUCUUAUUUGAAACCAGAUGGCGCCAAAAUAUAAGUUAACUUAUUUCCCUGUCAAGGCUUUGGGAGAACCUAUCCGUUUGCUGUUAUCAUAUGGUGAUAUUGAGUUUGAAGAUGAUCGUUUCGAAAGAGAGAAGUGGCCCUCAAUGAAACCAUCAACACCGUUUGGACAAGUUCCUGUCCUUGAAUUUGAUGGAAAGAAGGCACAUCAGUCAAUUGCUAUUUGCCGUUAUUUGGGAAAGCAAUUGAAAUUAGCUGGUGAUAAUGAUUGGGAAGCUCUUCAGAUAGAUAUGGCUGCUGACUGCUUAACGGAUUUAAGAAUGAAGCUGGGAAGUUUUUUCUAUGAAUCUGAUGAAGCUGUAAAAGAGAAAAAGAAAGCACCAAUCAUCAAUGAAUUUCUGCCAUUCUUUUUGCCAAGACUUGAUAACCUGGUUAAGGAGAAUGGAGGUUAUCUUGCAAAUGGAAAGCUCUCAUGGGCAGAUUUCUAUUUUGCUGGAAUAUUGGACUACGUUAAUCAUAUGGCUGGCUUUGACAUCACUAAAGAUUAUGCUAACCUUGCUGCACUCAAGAACAAGGUCCUUGAACUACCAGCUGUUAAAGCCUGGAUUGCCAAGAGGCCAGACUCAGAAGUGUGAAAGAUGAAAUUUGAGAUGUCAAUCUGUUUAAGUGUGUUGAGUAUAAUAUUGCAGUGAUUAAAUUUUUAUUUUCUUGUGGAAGAAGUCCAGCAAUAAAUGUUUCAAAGAA